UCUUUUUCAAGUUUGCUGUUCUAGUAUUUGUUUAUUUUCAGCUCUACCAUUUUUCUCAUUAAAAAUUUUUCAAUUCAAGAAAUCAGGAAACUUAGGGAAGGAAGGAAAAAAAAAAAAAACAGCCAACAGUAGUGAAAGUUCUUGAAGGUGCUGGAAAAAGAAAUCUUAAUACAAAGGUUACAUCUUUAGAAGAACCUCUACUGAAGCCUCUGGAAUCAAAGUAACAGAUGUUGGUUUGAUUGUAUAGACUUAGGAGGGAAUAUAUUGAUUGAUAGGGAUGGAGGCAAGAGAAGCUAUUAGCUCUGGGGUUACGGUGAUAGGGGCGGAAGCUCCCUCUGCAUACCAUGUGGCACCAAGGAGUGAAGCUCCGAGCCAAGUUCCUGGCCCGGAUGCAGCUGCUAAUGCUGCUCUUGGUGUUUCGCCCGUGAGUGUGGGAUUGGAUGGAACAACAGUUAAGAAAAAACGUGGUAGGCCAAGGAAGUAUGGACCGGAUGGAUCGGUUAAUAUGGCAUUGUCACCAUUGCCAAUUUCUUCUUCGGCUCCGUCUUCUAACGAAUUUUCGAGCUUCCAUUCAAGUGGCAAGCGAGGGAAAUCGCGGGGUAUGGAGUACAAGCACUCAAAGAAAUUCGGAGGAGGGGAUAUUCUAGGAGAUUCCAUGGGUACAAGCUUUAUGCCCCAUAUCAUUACUGUCAAUGCUGGCGAGGACAUCACAAUGAAGGUUAUAUCGUUUUCUCAACAAGGACCACGAGCUAUAUGCAUACUAUCUGCUACUGGUGUAAUUUCAAAUGUUACGCUUCGCCAGCCUGAUUCUUCAGGAGGAACUUUGACCUAUGAGGGUCGUUUCGAGAUACUUUCCUUGACUGGAUCAUUUAUGCCUACUGACAACGAAGGAACGAGAAGCCGGUCAGGUGGGAUGAGUGUCACCUUGUCCAGCCCUGAUGGCCGUGUCUUAGGUGGUGGCGUUGCUGGUCUUCUUGUAGCUGCCAGUCCUGUGCAGGUGGUUGUUGGAAGUUUUCUGCCAAGCAACCAGCAAGAUCCGAAACCAAAGAAGCAGAAGCAUGAUUACGCACCACCACCAGCAGUUAACCCCCCCGCCGUUGCAGUGUCCUCUGCGCCACCACCCUCAACUAAUGGCGAUAAAGAGGAUGUCAUGGGUGGGCACGUGAUGCAACACAAUCCCGGAGCCUUCAACUCUAGCCUCACUCCUCCCUCGGCCUUCCGAAGGGACAGCUGGGUUAACAUGCAUUCCAUGCCGGACUCGAUUAAAUCCACCACGGAUAUUAACAUAUCUUUGCCUGAUGAUUGAUUCGCGGCCACGUGGCAUGUCGUCGUUUAUUCUUGCUGACAACAUUCAUGGCUGAGCUAUUUCACUUGAUGUUUCUCUAAGGUUGCUCUCUGUUAAUUAUGUUAGCAUUGUUUCAAACUUUUGUUGUCUUUUAUGACCAAUAGGGGGAUGAUGAUGAUAUAGUUGGCAGUGUUGUAAGUUGCAGUUUAGGGUUUUACAUUUUCCUUUGGUAGAGUUUAAUCUCUGAUUUAUUUUUUCGGCUGAUUAGGUGAAUGCUGCAUUGUGCAGUGUUUUUUAUGAUUAGGCUAAUUAAUUCGGAUGUAAUGAUAGUUUGAAUGCUUAUUAAUGACUUAAAUUUGUUGAAGCUUUUGUGCCCUAA